AGAGACGAGCUGAAGUGUCCGUCUCUUCCCAACUCCUGCACCUGCACCUCAGCGGAGGCCAACGGGCUGCCGGGGCCUCAGGGACCAGUGGGCGCUCCUGGCAGCAAAGGUCCUCGAGGGGAAAGAGGAGAGGCCGGUGUUGUUGGAGCCGUCGGACCGCGAGGGGAGAACGGACCACCAGGGCCCAUGGGUCUGCCCGGCCCUCAAGGACCCAUCGGCCUGUCGAUCCCCGGAGAGGCUGGCCGCCCUGGACCAAAGGGAGACUCUGGAGACUCUGGCUUACCUGGACAGAAAGGUUCAACUGGUCCUGCUGGUUCUGUCGGCCCGAUCGGACCAGCUGGAGUGAGGGGCCCUCAAGGAAAAGAAGGACCGGCCGGACCCAGAGGUCCCGCAGGGUCCAUGGGACCUCCUGGAUCUCCUGGACAAUCAGGAGCUGCAGGAAAACCAGGAAACCCCGGAGACAACGGCGUCCCUGGUGCUAUCGGUCCAAAGGGAGACAGGGGAGAGAGAGGUGAAUUUGCUCCUCAGAACAUGAUGCGGUCCAUCGCCAGACAAGUUUGCGAGCAGCUAGUGAACGCACAAAUGACUCGAGUCAACACAUUACUGAACCAGAUCCCUAACGGCAAUUACCGCAGCAACAACCCGGGUCCACCAGGACCUUCAGGACCUCCUGGCAGGCAGGGACCCCGUGGAGAGCCCGGCAGCGCAGGAACGAACGGCUUCCCUGGAAAUCCAGGUUCACCCGGGCAGCCGGGAGAGAGAGGUCCCGCAGGAGAAAAAGGUGAACGAGGAUUGUCAGGAGUCGGACAGAAAGGAUCGAGAGGACCUGCUGGUCCACCAGGAGAAAGCAGGACAGGCUCCCCAGGCUCUCCAGGCUCCUCCGGAGUUCGCGGUCCCCCCGGACGUCCCGGAUACGCCGGAAUCCGCGGGCCUCCUGGACCUCCUGGUUACUGCGAUUCUUCUCAGUGUGUCGGUAUUCCUUACAACGGGCAAGGAUACGGAGGUUCACGAUAGUAAACUUUCUAUGCCGCCUGUGCUGCUUUCACUGAACAAACAAAACAAGUCCUGUAACUGAAACACUCGCUCACACGCUCUUGAGCUGUUUAAAGGAUAAAACACCAAAAGGAAACCAUUAACAAACUUUGCUGAAAAAAACAACACAACAAAAGAGGGAAACCACUACUAACAUCGACUCACAUCCAGUAGAACAGAAACCCUGCAGCAGCAGCAGCAGCAGCAGCAGCAGCAGCGCUGAUGGCAUCGACCUGCUUAGUGGCCUGUUUGCAUCUUGACGCCAAAGACCAAACAAAGAAAUGUUCAGUGGAGGAGCAUGCACCAAACAACAACAACAAACAACCCAAACAAAUACUAACAAAGGUGGAUUUGUAACAGAGAAACAAAGUGCAUCUCCAGCAGCAUCACCAGCAUCACCAGCAGCACUUCUCUCUCUCUCAUGGUGGAACGUGUAAAUAAACCCAUUGUGACUUGUAAAUGAUGUUUGAAUCAAGUCCACUGCAUUCAGCCUUUAACAUCUGUAGUUCUUCAAGCUUGUGCUAUGCAAACAACAACCUGCUGCUUGCUGAAUGCCACCAGAAGCUGCCCGUGUCUUUGUAGCUGAACUGCUCGGGGGCCAUUCUCAAUCCCUCCUGCUCAUUUGACGCCGAGGUUUAGACGCCCCUCCUUCAUGUCAAAAACACGAUAUCUUGCAUUUCCUGUUUUUACUUGUACUAACCAUCCCUGAGAAGAGUCUCCAGGCUGCUUUGAUGUUUUUUUUGUUUUCAAUCUGUAACACCUGCACUUCUACCACGAGUAAAGAGGAAACGAUUAAAAGCACUGCGAUGUUUACCGGGGGCGUGUUCAACGACGCCAAGUCAUGGUGCUCAAAACACCGAACAAAAACAUGAAACCACAUGUGAACCAUGUGUGAGGAUGAGAUGUCGCCUGACGGGGAUAAGAAAGCUCUCUGUAAAAGGUCGUUAUGGCUUUAGUCUAUCCGUAGUCAGGACGGGCAUUUCAAGCUAAAAUAGGAUUUGUUAAUCACCGGGAACUAUUCGGCCCCUCACAGCUGGUCGUAUCUGGCGUGUCCUGUGACCACUUGCAUUCAGAGGUCACUUUCUCGCUUCUUAUAAAAACUACAAUAAAGGUAUGAAACGACUACAAACUGUGAUGUGAUGACAUGAUAUAAAACUCUGAUCGAUCAUGAAGCCCGAUGGUCCUCGACCGCUCUGCGGGUCAUCAGUGAGUGAAUGAAGUAUUUGUUAACAGUGUAAAACUAAAGACAGACUAAAGGACUCACAACACGGCUGCACAAUAAUGGAAAAAAACGAAGAAUCUCGUCUGAAUCUUCUAUCUGAAAAAAAUCUGAAAAUCUAACCAGAUACAUGUUCUUAACGAUGUUCAACAUUUCCAAAACGAAACAAAGUUCAGUAAAUAAGCACAAAAGUGAACAUUUAGCCGUGACUCUCUAACCCGCAGGUUCUGUAUCUACCUGCUAAAAUGUUUAACACCUGUGUUUGUAACGUCACUCCUGAAGAUAAAUCCAAAAAGCUUCUUUUAACCGCUCAAUUAGCCUCUGACGUUAGCAGAUAGCUACUUAGCUUCAUCUGUCUGCCAUAAAAAACAUGAGAAAGCAUCGUUUUCAUACCCACGUCUCCUUCCAACAGCUAAAAUGUACACAUGAAAUAUUAACUUCUCUAAAUACUAUAAUUGUUUUUUUAAAUUUUAAACUACUUCAGACUUUUGCAAUGUUUAUUGUGAAUAAUAUUUGUGAUUAUUAACGUUAACACAGCGAUUUAUUGUGCAGCCCUAUUCCGCAACGAAAAUCCAUGUUAAGAAACAUCAAUAUCCUUAUCUGCACUGUGCUGUGUUAUUAUAAAGUCUGACAAACUGAUCAGGGAUCACAGAAUGACCCACACCGUCUCACCCUCCUCCUUAAUCAGUACGGAGAGAAAACCACCUGAACUUAGAUUUAAGAUAAAUUAAUGACUUUUCAAAUAUUGAAAAAUCCUGACCCCUCCCUAUGAUGUGUAGUACAAACUGGUAACCUCCCACAUUCAAGCCGACGUUUAAAACCCUGAGAGCCGAUCAUCAGAAUCUCUUCUGAUCUUUGGACACGCCCCUGAUCAUUACUAACCCUCUGAGUGUUUGCGCCAGCCGUCACUGGUGCAUGUUAACAAAAAAAAGUGAAAGAACUUGCCAACUUACGGCCCCAACACUAUCUCCGAAGCAGGCCAAUACCCUUCUGAACCCAACCCCCGAGUAGUCCCAGUCCCCGAAGAGGAGGAGGAGGAGGAGUUCCAAAACCAGCGUCGAAAGAGAUCACUAUCAAGAAGAGCAGCCAAAAGGCUAACAUCAUAAUGUUCUCAUUUUCUUUUCUUGUUCAACCUGUGUUUGUUGUUGGAUUUAUGCACAUUAUACACUUAAACAAAAAGGGGUUUGACACCUCGAUUUGAUUGGAAAUUACCCUUUAAAUGCCUUAAAAUGUGUGUGUGAAUAUUCCUUUACUGGAAGAGGAAGGGUUUGGAUCGAGGGCGGGAAGGAAACUUUUCAAAAAUGUCAAGAAAACAAAGUUAACACAAACCUGUGAGCUUUUCUUUUUCCCCACUCUUGUCUCUUGUGCUUGUACCAUAUUUUGCAUCAGGUGUGUGUGAAGCAGCAGUGUUGAACAGUGCGUUAGUGUAGCUAAAGAGGAAGACGGCGUCGCAGCAUGACGGUCACAGUUCAUCCAGUAUUUGAUUCAAUCUCUUCUCAGUGUUUUCUAAGGAGGUUCAGCUUCAUGUAACACGGCUUUCAUUUUGUAUCUCUAGACUUUAAUAUUUAUCAGUUUGACUUUUUACUCCGUCACAGCUCAUUUUAACAAAAAAACGUGGAAUUGCAUGUCUGUGGUGUAUAUUUAGUACAUGUUGUUUUUUUUUGUUACAUUUCAUUUUUGUUUUAAUCAGAAUAUAGUUGUUGUUGUCGUCAAUCUUGUCAUUUUUCUCAGUAUCAGAAGCAGUCAGUGCGAGACUUUGGGAACGGUGUAGCUGCUUCAUGUUUGAACUGCAGAUUGUGAAUUCCACAGCCUUAUUUUCUUAUUUAUUUCUGAGAACAGAAGAGGCAUUUUUCAAUAAAACUACUGAAAAUUUA